CAGGGUACCUCGUGCGUGUGUGUGUGUGUGUGUUGGUGACGCAUCAAGAGAGAGGAAAUCCGGGAGGGACGCCGAUACUGAGGUCCUGAGGCUGGUCAUGCUUUCAGUCCUCGUUAUGUGACGCCCCAGGGACACAGACAGCACGGAUGGCAGCACCCUGAACCCUGAGAAUGGCUUCUUCCACGUCUCGAUCUGACAUUGAUGAAGACAGGUUCUUCUUUGGCAAAAUUACUAGUGAAGAAGCUGAUGCAAUUUUACUGAAAGAAGGUGGUGAAGAAGGGACGUUUCUCAUCAGGGAGAGCUGUUCAUCUGCAGGGAACUAUGUGUUGUCCUUCAUAGCCGACGGCAAGCCAAUACACAUCCUGAUACAGAAGUACAAGGGUGAUGCAUACUUCUCCCUAGUUCUGUUGGGUGUGGCCCCAGUGUUCCAUGGCCUGGACAGCCUGGUGGCCCACUACAGCCAGUUCCCUGUGGGGUCCUCCACCACCAUCCUCAAUCGUCCUUGUCCUGGCAACCCAUUCCCGCCUGAUGUGUGUCUCCACGGCUCCUCCAGUCUUCUUCACAGAUCAACUAGUCAAGGGAACAUGAUAGUGGUGUCUGAGCUGCUGAAAUCAGGCUACAAGAAGAUUGAUGUGAAGAACACCACUGGCCAGACAGCCCUUCACAUUGCCUGCAUCAAGGGCUACAAGGAGAUCACGGAGAUGCUCAUAGAACACCAGGCCAACGUGGAGGUGCGGGACGAGGAAGGAGUGACGCCCCUGCACCUUGCCUGUAGGUACAAUAAGCCUGAUAUAGUGCAGCUCCUUGUGGAGAUGGGCCAGGCAGAUAUGCAGGCCAGGGCCACAGGAACAGGCUGUGUGGCUCUGCAUGAAGCUACCGAGCAUAAUAGUGUGGAGUGUGUCAGGAUGCUGCUGGCCAUGGGUGCUCCCGCCUACCCCAACAAUUCAGUCCACCAGACCCCAGCAAGCAUUGCCGAGACAAAGAACCAUCUGGAGGUCCUGAACCUGCUAGGUCUUCCUCCACACCUUCAAACUAGUGAUGUGAGUGUUUGCCCCGCAGUGAACCACAAGCCACGGGUCCCUCAAUACACACUGAGGGAUUACUUUCAUGGGAACCUGGACCGUGGCUCCGCCCAGGACCUGCUGCUCUCUGCCCCCUACGCCUCCUCAGGGUACUUCCUCCUCCGGCACAGUUCACGCAAACACCUGGCAUACGUACUGUCAAUACUAUGCAAGAAACAGGUGUAUAAUUUUGAAAUAAUGAAGGAGCACAACGGCAUGUUCUGUAUUGACGAUGGUCCAUACUUCCCCUCGCUGGAGACCCUGGUGGACCAUUACCUUCGCUUUGUGGACGGCUUACCCUGCCGCCUCAGGACACCCGUUGGACCGUCACAGAGCCACAUGGAAGACACAUCCUCGUCCAGAAGUCCACUCCUUCCCCUCAGCAGCAGGCAAGGCAGUACAGAGAAUGUGGAGUCUCCAGAGAUCCACCUCACACCCUCCCACUCCAGAGCAGCCUUCAGGACCUCACCUCAGCUCUCCAUGGACCACCUGGACCACUCUCGCAUACCCUCGCGGCGUAGCAGCUGCUCUUUCUCUAAGGAAUAUGCCAGUUGUGAGGAUGAUAACUUCAGUUCUUCAGAGUUUUGUCCGAUGGCCUCUAGUCAAGAAGAUCUCAAACCUUCUCGACACUAUUGUACCCAGGGUCCACAACAACCUGAUAUCAUUGUUACAAAAUCGCUGAGCCAUGUGACUCAUGACCUGAUAGACUUGAAUAACCCAGAGAAGGCAGUUCAGAGGACUCCAGGAAGCAAUUCUGUCACUCGCCCAAAGCCAGCGUCACUCUCACUUGAUCUCCAGAACUUGAGUAUGGGGAAUGAGGAAUCUGGCAGCAGCCCCACAAUGGAUGGCAACAGGACCUGCGAGAUAUUUGGUGAGAUUGACGUCAACCAUCUCACCAUCGGGGAGGAACUUGGCUAUGGGGAGUUUGGCUCAGUGCUCCGAGGGAAGUGGCUGAGCCCCUCGGGAGACAAGAUUGAUGUUGCCAUAAAGACCCUUCAUGAAGACAGCAAUGUGCAGAACUUCCUCAAAGAAGCCAGAGUGAUGAUGAACCUGAACCACCUGUACAUCGUUCAGCUCGUUGGGGUGUGUCACGGCCCGCCCGUUGCCAUGGUUCAGGAGCUGAUGGCUAUGGGAUCACUUCUGGACAAUCUCCUGGACCAUGAGGACGAAAUAUCAGUAGACUUCCAUCAUAAACUUUGGGCGGCACAGAUUGCUGAAGGAAUGAUGUACUUGGAGCAGAAACAUUUUGUGCACUGUGACCUGGCAGCACGAAACAUCCUCCUCUCGUCCAUGACCCUGGCCAAAAUCAGCGACUUCGGCCUGUCACGAGCACUGAGUGUUGACAAAGACUAUUACACUGCCAAGGAAGGAGGAAAAUGGCCCCUUAAAUGGUACGCUCCGGAGUCUAUCUAUUACGGAACCUUCACACACAGCAGUGACGUGUGGAGCUACGGCGUCACGCUCUGGGAGAUGUACACCUUUGGGAACCAGCCGUAUGGAGAGAUUCCAGGCAAAGAUGUGGUUGCCCUUCUUGAGAGGAAUGAGAGACUCCCCAAACCCGACAAGUGUCCCAAGGGUGUGUAUGAGUUGAUGCGACGCUGCUGGGACCACAAACCAAAAGGGAGGCCGUCCUUCCGAGAGCUGGCGACCAUCUUCAGGACGAUGCCGGAAUACAUCAACAUCAAGCCAUACUUCAAGUGAUGAGUUUAUUCUUGUCAUUUUUUUUACUGAACCUACUCACUGAUCCUUAUUUAUAGGGCUUCCGUGUUCUGUUUGUGCAAUGCAUUUGAUUCUUGUGCCUUAAUUUGUAAAGUAUUUAUAUUAAUUGCACAGUUAUUUGCCAUUAUCUCAGUGCUAUAUUAUUAAUGUAAAGAUGUACUUGAAUCAUCACCAUUUUAGUCAUUCUCGCCAUCGUCAUCUCAUUUCCUAUACCAAGCAGGCCGAGGGGGAGGAGCAGACUCAGAUAUAUCAGUGACACACACAACUCACAUUCCACACAGCCACUUGUUUAGCCUCAGCCCCUCACACGCCAUUUUCACAGUUCGCCAUGAUGGGUUAGUAAGCCUCCAAACCAGUACCAAAGACUUCAAAAAUUCCUUGUGCAGUAUUUUGUGUUCAUGCAUAAGUGAGGAAACCAUAGGGGAAGUCUCUCGUGUAUCAGGCCUUACACUGAAAACCUAAUCAUUGUGGAGUGUAGAAGAUUGAAUAGUUUGGUUUGGGCGAUAAGAAAGCCACUGUUGGACUGUGAAAUCGGCUCUGUGUCUGAUGAUGGUCACUCGCCUUGGUCAGUGCACUGGGUACCAUGUCAGAGGAUCGUAUGCAAGCUUUCAAAAACUGUCACCAGGUUCUCAGUCUCUGUUGAGGGGAUAGAUAACAUGAGGCAUUGUGGUUCUAUGGGGUUGAAAGCCUGUCCAGAUAUACCAGACCAGGGACAGGUACAGAACACAUUUGAAAGGCUGACAUAGUUACUGAAGCACUUGACACAUUCUCGUUCCCAACCCUGAAAUUUUACAAGUUUUUUACUAUACCGGAAAAGUAUUAGCCUGCAGAACACAUUUGAAAGGCUGACAUAGUUACUGAAGCACUUGACACAUUCUCAUUCCCAACCCUGAAGUUUUACAAGUUUUU